AUGCACGCUCUUUCCACUCUCCUUUUCGCUGGACUCAGCACUGCGACCUACACUCUAUUGGAAGACUACCCAACCGACUCGUCAUUCUUUGACAAGUUCACCUUCUACACCGAGACCGACCCUACUGAUGGCUACGUGACUUACGUCGACAACUCUACUGCCGCAAGCGAUGGUCUGAUUAGCGCCUCGAGCGGCUCUGUCUACAUUGGUGUUGAUGACACCAAUGUUGCUAGUGGCUCUGGCCGCAACAGUGUGCGCCUCACCAGCACCAGCACCUACAACGAGGGUCUCGUCAUCUUGGAUUUGGCACACAUGCCCGGAAGCACCUGCGGUACUUGGCCUGCAUUCUGGAUGCUUGGCUCCGACUGGCCUAACAAUGGCGAGAUCGAUAUCAUUGAGGGUGUCAACCAGCAGUCCACCAACCAGAUGACCCUGCACACCAGCGACGGCUGCACCAUUAACAACUCGGGCUUCUCCGGUACUCUCGAAACCAGCAACUGCUACGUCGAGGCCUCCGGCCAGUCUUCCAACGCCGGUUGCGCUAUUAUUGACAGCUCCACUUCGUCUUACGGUGACGGAUUCAACAACGCCGAUGGUGGUGUUUACGCUACUGAGUGGACCAGCGACUCCAUCAACAUUUGGUUCUUCGCCAACGCAAGCGUUCCAUCCGAUAUUACCAGCGGUAGCCCCGAUCCCUCUGGCUGGGGUACUCCCGAUGCCAAGUUCUCCGGAGACUGUGAUAUCUCCUCGCACUUCAGCAACCUCCAGAUCGUCUUUGACAUUACUUUCUGCGGUGAUUGGGCUGGUGACGUCUGGUCUGACGGAAGCUGUGCCUCUUACGCCAGCACCUGCGAUGACUACGUUCAGAACAACCCCUCCGCUUUCUCCAACACCUACUGGAGCAUCAAUUCUCUCAAGGUCUACCAGGAAAGCACCAGCGCCAGCAUCAGUGUCAGCAUCGGCGAUGACAACAGCGAGUCCCACCACUCUCACGGUCACAGCCGUCGCUCUGCACACGGUCGUGGAAGCCGUAUGCACCGCCGUGCUGAACAUGCUCAAUAG